GCCAAUAUUCCAGUUUUGUUGCCGCGACUUUGUUGAGAGGAUGUUCCGAUGAUUUUGAAAUAAGCGCGUUCGAAACGAUUUUCCAAACAAAUUCAAAAGGGAACGAAAAUCCCGGACUUUUGCAGUGAACUGUCGUCAUGCGUUCGAUGUGUUGUUAGUGAUAAUAAAUUAUCAUCAAGCACGGAAUUAAAUUUGUGUGAAUUGCGCUGAAUUCUGACUAAAUAUUUAAACACGUGGAUUGUAAAUAAGCCGCAACUGAUCGAAGCGUAGGAUGGCAGCAGCGAGUGGGCGCGCCGUCAAGCCCUUGGCCAUCCUGCGGCUGACCAGGAGCUGGGGAAGAGCGACUUGGGGGCCGCUUAAGCGAUGAGCCGGUGGCCGAGUCGCUCAUGGACCUCCCCACGACGGUGCAGGUGUAUUUCAGCGUGGGGCAGCGCCACGAGGCAGCGCUUUUCCGCUCCGACUCGCCCGCGGAACAGAUUAAAGAUUUAUUCAGAUCUGCCUCCGAGGCUGGUCCCCGGGACAUUCUGAAACUGUACAACACCUCCGGUCAAUUGUUGAACAUCAGCGGAGAUUUGCCUCCCAACACACCAGACAGCAGGUACUCUCUGCAAGUGGUGGCCGCCAACGGCUUCGCUAUGCUCCAGGAAUCGACCGGAAACAGCCUAAAAGCUCUGGAAGCUCGAGUAUCCGCCAUCGAAAGACAGCUACGAUCCGAACUGCCGCUGCCUCCCGCCGUCGAAGAGCUCCAGAGACAAGUGGAGGAGUUCCGGGAGAAGCUUGAGACUACGGAGAGUCUGAGCUGGCUCGGAUUCUACAAGCAGCUUCCGGAACCCAUCUCGAGUGAAGAGUGCCGCCGUUUGCAGUACCGGCGAAAAAGCGACUCGGUGAAAAAACGAGUGAAGCAAAACUUCGCCAACAUUUGUGAAGCUCAAGUUUCGGAUGCGAUUCGACAGUGGCUGAGGACACCGACGUUCGACGCCAGGCCCUGGGAGGACGAAGAAUUGCUUCUCCUGCUUCAACAAAUGUAUCUCGAUUAUGAUCUCUGUUCAAAGUUUGCUAUUGACAUAAAUACGCUUAGAAAUUUCCUCUACGAAGCCUACAAGAAUUAUAAUGACGUGCCCUUUCACAAUUUUAGACACUGCUUCUGCGUCGCACAAAUGAUGUACGCCAUCUCUUGGAGCGUGGAUUUGCCCUCGAAAGUCGGCGAUUUGGAAGUUUUGAUUUUGCUAACAUCGUGCAUCUGUCACGAUCUGGACCAUCCCGGUUACAACAACAUUUACCAAAUCAACGCAAAGACCGAAUUAGCGAUCCGUUAUAACGACAUAUCGCCGUUAGAGAAUCACCACUGUAGCGUAGCAUUCAGGAUACUCGAAAACGAAGACUGCAACAUAUUCAAGUCUUUCAAAAGCGAGGAUUUCAAAACAGUGCGCGAGGGCAUCAUCAGGUGCAUAUUAGCUACAGACAUGGCUCGACAUAAUGAAAUCCUCACCAACUUCAGGGAGAUUACGCCCAAUUUUGACUAUAACGACAAAGCUCACGUUAAUUUGCUUUGUAUGGUCCUUAUCAAAGUGUCGGAUAUAUCGAACGAAGCGCGGCCGAUGGACGUGGCGGAACCUUGGCUCGAUAGACUCCUGCAAGAAUUCUUCAAACAAAGCGACGCCGAGAAGCUGGAAGGGUUACCUGUCACCCCGUUCAUGGACAGGGAGAAAAUAACGAAACCCUCGUCUCAGUGUUCAUUUAUCGGCUUCGUCCUCCUCCCAUUGUUCGAAGCGUUGGGAGACUUACUUACUGAGUUACAAGAUCUCAUUGUUCAACCGGUUCGCGAAGCGCUGGAAUAUUAUAGGAGAUUAAACGAAGCGACGAGAGAGGAGCGACUUCACAGGAAAAGUAUAGUGUCUGAGAUGACGGACCAGCACACCCCAUCCACACAAAGCCCCGAUAGCGCCGUUACCGUUCCCAAAUCGCUUUCGAAUGCCAGUGUUAAGCUGAAAAAGAGCCUCAGCUUCCAGCAAAAUAGGUCGAGGUCCCGAUCCACCGACGAAGACACCGAACAGAGCUUCGGCAGCGGCAACAUGAUCGGCGAGGAGCAAAGCCUCGAAGACGUGGUCGAAGACCCCGAAAGCGGCGAAUCGGAAACCGCCACCGAAGUCGAAGUCUCAGAAAAGGCCCUCAAGUUCAAAAUAUCGACCGAAAGUAGCGUGGGAACCGGUCGCAAAAGCUACCCCGGCUCCAGGAAAGGCAGCCGGGAACGCGUCCAACACUUCAACAGCUCUGAACUCGCUCGAAUGAUCCAGAAGGGCAAACUGCGCUCCGCCGGCUUCAGCUUCGACCAACACUGCAUGAUAGGCAACAAGAAGUUAUCCUUCGACACUCCGGAGUUUUUGGACGAGUACGCUUUAACCUUGAAGAAGCGGCUGGACGACCAAUCGGACAGCGAGGAGGAGAAGCAAUGCGUGGUCUCGAAAGAGACCCUCAACUUGAACAAGCGCAACUCGGAGCAUUUGGUCAAGAUCCCGUCGAACCUGGAGGAGAAACGCAGCAUUCUAAAGUGUUCUGACAAUAAAUCUUUCACGAACGCGGACAAACUCCGGAUGAACAACGUGAAGUCGUCCCUCGAAGACGACGAGAAACUGAUCGUCAACAACCGGAAGAACAGUCAGUCGCGAGUGAACAAUACCAGUGAUAGCGUUAACAGUAUUGACAAGGACGAAGUGCGGAAAGUGCAAGCGGCGGCCGGGAGUCCGCGGAACAGCCGUUCGAUUUUCUCCCGCUUUCGGCAGUUCACCGAUCGGUUCAGUCUUUCGGUGGACAAAGACUCGAAGGUGAAGCACCCGAAGAACAACAACAGCACGCGAAACCCCUUCCCGCACAAGAAGAAGAAGCUGGAGACGCCGUGCUGCCGCAGCUUGGAGGAAGUUGGCCGUGCGAGCACACUCCCGAAGACCAAGAGCAAGAAAGCGUGGAAGUUCCUGGUGCUGGGCAAGGAGAAGGACAAGUGGGCGUCUGACGCAGCUGUGGAUAAGCUCGCUGUGGUCGAAACCGACAAUCAAUCUCUACCGUCUACCUCACAGCUGCAGAGUAAUUGCGCGAGUCCCAAGACGCACUUGGAGAAGUUGGAAAUUGUGAGCUUGAAGGAGUUCAAGGUGGAGGAAACGGUGGAAAAAACAGGGGUUGAAAAGGGUGAAGAGGGUGGAGUGAUUUGACAAGAGAUCAAUCCCCCCGAAAGGGAGAGUUUCGCUAGAUACAUUUUUUGUCGGUGUUGUAAAUAUAAACCAAAUGUAAGAAAUAAUGUGUAGGCCGUUCUUUUUAUUUAUUUAUAUUUAUUUUUGCGUUUAGAAUAACUGUGUACCCGUCUAGUAUCUCCGAACAUAUCCCUUCAAUAGAAUAAUCAAAAGUUUUAACCGAUUAUUUCCGACACGGCAGACAAGAAUGUUGCUUCACGAUAAAGGUACAAAUGAGAUUAUCAAAAUUAAGGCACAAUUGUAUUAGAUAUUAUAAGUUGUAAUUACUCUCAGUCAGUCCUUUCCUUGUAAUAUUAUUUAUUGAUUACAAUAGCGAAUCGUUAUGUUUUAUAAUAAAACAGAUUUUAUAACAUUUUUUAUAAGAUAUUGUUUAUAAAAGAUAUUUAUCCAUGUGAUUCUAGUCUGAUAAAAAUGAUAUUUAGUUCAAUAUUAUUUUUAUGUGUGCAUUUACUAGGAUUAGGAAAAUCUUAAUAUUUUCGUACCAGAGACAUGGUCAUUUAUUUUUUUCGUUACCUCAUACUUUUCAAAAUGUGCUGGAAUUUGAAAGUGACGAUCUGGUGCUAAAAAUUGAAAAUUCUUUGUUGUUAACAGAGAUUGUUGGUAAUUUUAUUUUGUUUUGUAUAGUUUUUUCAAAAAUAUGAGGACCAUUGAAGCCUGUAAAUCCUUUUUAUCUUCUAAAGAGAAAAUCUAUAUUCUUCCUAUUGCUAGAUGAAUAAGUGAUAUAUUUAGAAAAUAACACUAAAAUAUUUUACUUAGGUUAUAAUAUGUCCAUAUGCCAAUGUAAAAUAAAAAGAUAUUGAUUAAAUGUCUAAAGUAAAA